AUGGAAGAGCAAGAGCCGGACUUUUCCUUGUUUAAUGACAGAAUUCGUAAUCUGUGGAAAGCACGUGACAUUGAAAUUGAAUAUAUCACGAAGAAGCUUAAAGGUUUUUAUAUUUUCAUAUUCAACAUUGAUGAAGGUAUGUUAGAUGCUCUAGAAAAAGGACCAUGGACCAUCGGUGAUGUCCAACUUGUUCUCAUGAGGUGGGGUCCUGGUUCCUUUCUUGAGAAGCAUAAAGAAGAUAAAAAGAACCCUGUUUGGAUUCGAAUGUAUGACAUGCCUCACGGGUUGUGGAAGUUGGACGUGGUGAAGAUCAUGUCUAGCAUGUUUGCUGAAUAUGCUAGAGUUUUGGUUGAUGUUGACACAACUGGAGAUCUGGAGGAGGUUGCUAGAGAAUUAGGUGUGCCUCUUGAAUGUCAACGGUUCUGGACAUGGGCAAAGAGACAGAACCACACAUACCAUCCUUAUAGGCCUUUAACACGCCUAGAGGAAACAAAAUCGGACUCGCUUCCUCUUCCUCCGCCUCACGUAAGAAAAGAAGAUAUACUUGUUUUCUUCAAGCUUUAUGAUCCUGACAAGUUACAACUCUGAUAUGUUGGUAGGCUUUUUGUUAGGAGUUCUGGAACACCAACUGAAAUUAUACCAAAAUUAAAUGAGAUGGUUGCAUUUAGUCUAGAUGAAGAAAUCAAAUUAUCAGGGACGGAGACAUUAUUUUCUUUCAGAAGUGAAUACAAAUAUGUUGACUUUCCUUCAUUUCUGGAACAUGUCAAAAAUCGCCAGGUGGUUCGUUUUCGAUCUUUGGAUAGGACUAAUGAGGAUGCUUUCGGUCUUAAAUUGUCAAAGUUGCAUACAUACGAUGAUGUGGCUUACAGAGUUGCCCAGGAACUUGUUGUGGCCGAUCCAUCAAAAAACAGGUUUACUCGUCACGACUACUAUUUUAAAGAGCCAGAGUCCGACCCAAUCGAGUAUCGUGUUGAAGGACAUUUACCAGAUAUGCUAGUUCAAGGUCACUACAUUUAG